UUUGGCGCUCCUCGAAAAAGCCUGCCAUUUCCUCCUUCUUCGUUUCUCUCUCUCGACAACGACGAUGAAGACGAAGACCUAACUGGCUAUGGAGGAUCGAGAAGCUUCUUCUCUUCUAGAGCGAUAUCGGCGCGACCGUCGAAAGCUCUUGGAGUUCCUCCUCUCGUCAGGUCUGGCCAAGGAGCUUCGAACUCCGUCUGGUCCCACCACUUCUCUUUCUCACAUCGAUUUUGACAAUCUCAGCGCCGAUUAUGUCCUCGAUCGUCUCUCAUCAGGUGCGGUGGUUGAUGUUUCUGAAGCUAGCAAGAAGUACUUGAAUGAACUCGAUUAUCCGGUGACGAUCCAUUCGCAGUCAGGCACUUCUUACUAUCUAGUUUCUGAACCAGAAUCAGUUGGAUCACCUCCUCGCCGUGCACCUCCUCCCCUUGAAGAGAAACGAACUGUUGAAAAAGUGUCAUCUUCUUCUUCUAGACAGAUGGAUUCUUUGAAUGAGGAGAACACUGCAACAGCUGGGGAUGACUAUGGUCGUAAAUACAAAUCAAAUACCAUAAAACAUGUCAAAGUUCCCCCUCUAGGAUUGCCUAACCUGCGUACAGGACUAUCUGAUGACGAUUUGCAGAAAUCAGCAUAUGAAAUAUUGCUUGCAUCAGUUGUAUAUUCAGGGGUUGAAAUCUAUGUAGUAGAGGAAAAAAAGAAAGAAAAGAAUGCAAAAUUCUUGUUAGGAUUGAAGAAUAAGAAGGAAAAGCCACAUGCCCAGUCUCAUUCUCUUGACAGACAUUCAAACCUCAUCCGUACUAUCCGCCUACAGAUGCAGAUUUCAGAAGCAAUGGAUUUAUGUGUCAGGCGUAGGUUGCAGUUGCCUACAAGGAGAACAUAUGGGAAAACGGACAUUCCUCAAAUUUCACUGGGGCUUUUGAAUAGCAUUUUCAAGUCUGAUUUUUUGCAUGAAAAGUCUUAUAUGCAAUGGAAGAGUAGACAGGUUGGUGUCCUGGAAGAACUUCUACAGUAUUCUGUCAAUCUUGCAGCACCUGAGCAGCUAACCAUUAAGAGUUCACUUGCAAAUAUCAGGAAUUCAGAGCGAUGGGACAUGGCCUUGUCUCCAUCUGAACGUGUUGAAGUUCUAUCAACCAUCAAACAUGUUGCUUCAAAGUUAUCAUCUCUACCUGGACGAUUUGGCAUUGAAAGUGAGACCUGCUACUGGACUGCUGGAUAUCACUUGAAUAUGAGACUGUACGAGAAGCUGCUCUUUAGCGUGUUUGAUAGUCUUGAUGAAAGCCAGCUCAUAGAGGAAGCUGAGGAAAUCCUGAAGCUUAUCAAAUUGACUUGGCCAAUAUUAGGCAUCACUCAGAAAAUUCAUGAUGCAAUAUUUGGAUGGGUUCUUUUCCAACAGUUUGUUGAAACAGAUGAGGCCAAGCUUUUAGAAUAUGCAAUCCUCGAGUUACAGAAAGUUGCAUCAGUUGAAGAUGAUGAUAAGGAGAGAAUUUAUACGGAUAGCCUAGCCUGCCUAAGGCAAUGCGGUGGCAAUGAAGUAAAGCUAAGUUUGAUUCAGGCUAUAUUCUUCUCUAUAAGCAGUUGGUGCAUUGGUAAACUGCAAGACUACCAUCUUCAUUUUAGUCAGCAACCUGGUAACUUUAAGAGGGUGAUGACCUUGGUGGCAACAGUUGGAAUUCCAACUUCUAGCAGCCAUGGUGAUAUAAAGAUGGGGUUAACUAGCUUUAAUGUUUCUGACAACAAUUCUUCUAAAAUAAUCAAAUCAUUCGUGGAAAGUUCUAUUGAAACUGCGUACAAUCGGAUAUCAAGCAGUGUAGAUCUUGAAUCAAAGGUGGAAAGAAAGCAUCCUUUGUGUCUGCUUGCAAAUGAACUUAAAUUGAUUGUUGAGAGAGAAAUCAAGGUGUUCUACCCUGUACUACGUCAUUGGUGUCCUGAAUCUGGAACAAUUAUUGCCAUCCGAUUGCAUCAUAUUUAUGGGGAAAAGCUGGAAAAAUUUCUCAAAGAAGUCUUGUGUCUCUCUGAAGAUGCUCAGUCAGUGCUUCCAGUUGCUCGUUUGUUGGAUUGUGAUUUAACUAAGCUGUAUAUGCUUGCUUGUGGAGAAAAUAGCCAUGAUUUGCAUCAUUAUCCUAUUGGGGAAGUUGCGAAACGUAUCAUUCUUGAUUGGGUGAUUGCUCGGCAUUCACAUAUAUUGGAAUGGACUGGGAGAGCAUUUGAUAUUGAGGGAGGUUGGUUGCAAAAAUGGGAAUGGGAACCUCUUUCAUCGCAGCAAAGACAAGCAGCUUCUAUAGUUGAAGUUUUUAGAAUUAUAGAGGAGACUGUGGAUCAACUCUUUGGAUUGAACCUUCCAAUGGACAUCACAAAUUUACAAGCUCUACUGUCUAUCAUCUUCCACACGUUGGAUGCCUAUUUGGUAAAAAUGGUUAAUCAAUUAGUUGAGAAGAAUCACUUGUAUCCAUCAGCUCCUCCCUUGACUCGUUACAAGGAGACAUCAAUGCAAAUAAUGAAGAAAAAGCUGCUGGAGUGUAUUCUUUUAGAUGACAAUGUAAUCAACAAGUUAAAUAAUUUGACAGUGUCCAAACUUUGUGUCAGAUUAAACACUUUAAAAUUUAUUCAGAAUCAAAUUGACGUGCUAGAAGAUGGCAUUAGGAAAUCAUGGGCACUUGUUAGCCAAUCUGACAAAGAAAUAUGGGCCAAGAAAGAACCUCAGGAGCUGACCUGCGGUGAAGAAGUUGAUGAGCUAUUUGCCACAACCUUUAACAUUAUCAGGGAUACUUCAUCCCAUGCUAUCAGCAAAAUUUGUGACUUCAUAGGUCCAAGAGUUGUGUUCUGGGAUCUCAGGGAUGCAUUUAUCUCUGGUUUGUAUCGUGGUAAUGUUGAAGGUGCUCGUUUGGACAGUGUUCUUCCACAUUUUGACACUGUCCUUGAUCAUGUAUGCGGUUUAAUUGAUGACUGUCUUAGGGACCUCGUGAUCUUAAGCAUCUGCAAAGCAUCACUGGAAGGCUUUGCAUGGGUGUUGCUUGACGGAGGUCCUUCUCGUGCAUUUUCAGAUUCAGAUGUUACACUGUUGGAGGAUGAUCUAGCCAUGUUGAAGGAAUUCUUUGUAGCUGAUGGAGAAGGGCUUCCCUAUUCAUUAGUGGAGCAAGAAGCAAAGUUUGCUGAGAGAAUACUGGACUUGUAUUCACUUGAGACUGAAUCUGUCAUCCAGAUACUAAUGACUGCAAGUGAACAAAUUUCCUUGGGCUUAGAAUCUCAUGAUCAUGACCACAUGCAUGUACUCAACGUCCACACGUUAAUGCGAGUUUUAUGCCACAAGAGAGAUGCAGAAGCCUCCAGAUUCUUGAAGACGCAAUAUCAGCUCCCCAUGUCCUCAGAGUAUGAGGACACACCAUCAAAGGAUUCAACAUAUGUAUCUCCUCUGAUACCAGUUCUUUUAAAGCGAAGCACCUCGUUUCACGGGAACAAGAAGAGUCAUGGCAGUUUCAAUUCGUUUAAGAAGAAAAUUCAAGAAGCAACAUUAGAGAUCAGGAAUGUAGGCUGGUAGUGUCCUUAGAAUAUAUAAACUUGAUCAGAAGGCAUGCACCUUGCUUUCUCAUUGUCAGCCGAAAAAUGCUUGAUUAGGCUGUAGGGUAUCAGAAGUUGGAAAAUCAUUCUUUCUAGUUGCAUUUCAGGUAAUUAAAUUUUGUUUCUUCAUAUCUUGUAAAGCUUCAUUAGGAACUAUUAUCAAUUUUGAUUAGAGACGGUCUUUUCUGAUGCAAAAGAGAUGAUGUAUUAUAGCUUUGCUAAUCACAUGUAGUUUUAAACUUUUUAAAAAAAUGUUCUUUUUCUUUC